AUGUGGCGUGUUUACGGGACUGAAAAAAUUAUUAUAAUUGAUACGGAACUGGAAAACGUCACGGUAUGCAAUACUCUGACGGGGGAGAUUAAAGUUUACCAUAAUUCAGACACUCAGCAAAUAUUGCAUCAGUUUUAUUCGAAAAGCCGUGGCCUAGAAGGAUAUACGAUAAAAGUGGCAAUGUUUCAUAGUCCACCAACGGCUACUGCAAUACCCAACUCAACACGAUUUGAGGGUGUUGAUCAAAUGGUGUUGGACACCAUAGGGCGGUACACGAAUUCUACAAUGAAAAUACACGAGUCAAAUCCUAGAAAACAUUUUGAAACUGUAAAGAAAAAAGGUUUCCUAGAAACCCUGAAGGAAGUAGCCAAUCGAAAGGUUGACAUUGCUGGGAACAUGAGGUUCAUUAUGCCCUAUGACGGUUAUAAUAUGUCUGUAUUCGAAUUCACGUCUCCGGUUUUUACCGACCGAAUAAGCCUCAUAGUACCAAAGGCAAAGAAAGUGCCGAUAUGGUUGAGUAUGUACCAUAUCUUUGAUUAUAGAGUUUGGAUUCCGACAUCAUGUCUAAUUGUAAUGUCGGUUAUUCUCUGGCUUUCUAUACUAAAAUUUCGACAUAACGAAGAUCUCUGCGGACAAGUUGGCUGGGUGACGAUCAACAUCUUGUUUCUGAUGACAGGACACCCCAUCUCUCGUACAAUAAUUCCUUUAUCUGAACGAUUAUUAGUCGUGUGUGGAUUAUUCUUUGCAAUAAUCAUGGUGAACUCUUUCACGAGUCAUCUCUUUCAAGCAUAUUCCCAAGUCACCUACUGGCCAGAGAUCAAAACCUUAGUGGAAUUGAACAAAUCUGGCCUAACAAUAGUCGAAGGUUCUUGGGGUGCCGUAAGAGCUCUGGGAGAGACGGAUAAUCCGAUAUUGAAGGAAUUGCUGCAAAAAAUAGACCAUACCAAGGACGAGUCAAGUGCUUAUGACUUGAAUAACGGGGUCUUGGAUCACGCGAUUCUUGCCCGCGAAAGUCGAGGUAAAUACGAAGCAACUAAUCUUUUCCUAAACAACAACGGCACCGAGCUAACGUACGCCAUUCAAUCGUCUAUGCACGAUACAUUUUCAAUGGCGUACAUCGUUCCCCGCGGUUCGAGUUUCUUGAAGAAAUUUAAUACUUACAUCAAUAGAAUUUUGGAAGCUGGAUUGGUUAAAAAAUGGUUCGAAGACAGCAUGUCGAACUUUACCUGGAAAAAGACUUUUACGGAAAUGCAAUAG